AUGACUGAUGGACAAGCAAAUAGAGGAGAAGACUUAACUACACCUUCGCAAGAAUUGAGGGAUGCAGGAGUAAUUAUCAUCUCUGUUGGUUUAGGGCACAACUAUAUUAAGGAUGAACUAAAUACAAUGGCUUCAAAGCCAGAGGCAGAGCACGUGUACGAAGCUGAAUUUUCCAAAAUGGGAGACAUAGUUAAUAGCAUAAAGUCACGAAUGUGCAAGGGUAAGAUAUGCUGAUUACUUUUUGUUCAAGGAUUGAACUGAAAUGUUACCUCUAUUACGUUAUGAAGUACAAAAAACGCGCAAUCCUUACUCACAGGAGCCAUGAUCGGGGUAAAUGACCGUAGCUGCAUAUCUUUUCCAGUAAUGGGGUUGGUUCCAUCGAAAGUUCUAAUAAAUGUUUGUGCUGAAACGAACAAACAAAAAAAUGCGGGGAAAAGAGGGUGGAAAGUUAACAACAACAGCUACAGAAGCAAAUAUAUCUUUAAAUAAUUCAUGAUAAAUACAGCUUUACCAGCUUUAAAGAGCAUCUAUUGGCAGAAUUUCACUGUAACAAUACUUUAAAUAUAAUAAUUUUGCCACAGAAGGUUAUCCUUUGCAGCGUGGCGCAGUGAUGUAGGAGCCGACCUUCUGUGCAGAUGGUCCAGGUUCUACUCGCGCCUAAGCCCUUGUGUUUUUUCGUUCUUUUUUUUUUUUUUUUUAAAUCUUGUUUCCCCCCUUGGCUUGUUUCCCUUUAUUCGUACUGCCAGCUCAUUACACUUUUUGGGUUAGGGGUUAGGGUUAGGUUUUUACGAACAUAUUUCUAGUAAUGUUUAUAUAACAUUGGCUCAUUGUUUCACUUUGCAUGUACACAGUAAUUUUGAGGGAGUCAUUAUAACUCCAAAAAUGGAGUUAUGGGGUUACUUUAAACUUCUGAUUUAACUCCAAAUUUGGUGUCAUUUUUACUCCUGAAAAAGAGUUCUUGUAACUCCCGGUCAGGAGGUAAAAUAUCUAGGGAAAUGAGGUUAACUUUUAAAGAGGUUGUUUUUACUCUUUUUAGAGUUUCUUGAAGGUGGAGUAAAAACUUUAGGUACAGGAUAACUCCUUUUUGGGAGCUAUUUUAACUCCUCACUCCUCAAUAUCUGGGGUGAUUUUUGCUCCUGAAAAAGAGUUCUUUAAACUCCUUUUUGAAGUUAAAAUGACUCCCCCAAAAAUAACUCCACUGUAAGUAGUUACUCGCGCUGAAGGCCAAAGGAGACACAACUACUAAAGUUUAGUAGUCUUACAAAACUACUUUUAAAUCAAGUAGACGAUUUUCAGUUACCGGUUAUUUUGUCUCCUUUGCAGCUGCAAAGACUGCCGUUGAAACUGGAACAAGUAAGUAAUUAUGUACCUUAUCAAUACGAUGGAUAGAAAGGAAAAGUGGAACACAACUCAUAAUUAAAAUGCGUUUGCAAGGGCAUCCGCGGCCAAGUCAUCGGAAUUUGCUGGCGAAAAAUGACCUGCGCGUACGACACGGAUAAAAAUAUGAAGUUUUUCAUUUCCAGCAAAGGUGUGGUCUUAGAGGGAAAACAGCUGCGUAACGUUGUGGACAUGAAAAAAGCCACAGGCAGAUUUUUUUUUUAUCAGUGACAAUUUUUGUUGUUCAGUUUGUGUAAAUAUCAUGGGCGUGGAUCCUCAAGUCGGGUAUAUAGUUCAGAUAACGGAGAUUUAAAAGGGACAAUAUAUAUAUUUUUUUAUUUGAAGAGCCUUGUUUGAUUAACAGUGACGAAAGCCAACGUUAACAUAGAAAUCACAAAAGUCCUAGCAAGGAACAUGAUCAUGAAUUUUGACUGACGAUAAUAACAGACCAUCCAACUCUCUCGUCUAGUACUGUUUCAUCAUUCAUAGGAACUAAUCAGACAAAAUUACGCCUUCAUUUCGCGGAAUGAAGAUUUGAAUCACUCAAAAGCGGUACACUCUUUCUUUACAGUCGAAAUUAGAAAAACGUGAACACCUAAAAUACUUCUGAAAAUUUUAUUUGUCCUGACAAAUCACAACAAUUAGAUAAAAAAUUCCUUACAUCACAAAUAUAUUCCAGAAAUAUCUCUUGAGUGCACGAUUUUUUAAGGUUCACUGUAUCUAUAUUCGAGCUCCACAAGGAAGAGUCAUAUCUGCCAAAUCCUUUUUUCCCCGUAUUCUUGUUCUUAAACUACCGUAUAACAUGAAUGAUUUUUGAAGUUUGCAUCCAACGCGUAAACAUGAAGGUUAUUUAACAUAUUUUUAUUAUGAGGCAUUACUAGUAGUGGAAGUUAUAAUGCUCUGACCUAUUUUAAAAGUACGUGACUUGCAGAUUAGUAUUAAUAGAAAAUACGGCUUGCGGCUAACAUGGAUAUUUUUUCUGUUUUAUUUCUUUGCUUUAGCUGGACCUAUUAACAAAGGUAGGUUCCGCUGUUACACUCCUAUUUCCAACAGAUCAGCUUGCAGAUAGUCUGCGUUGCAGCCGGCCCACGCACUCGUCUAAACGGCAUUUGUUUUGUCCGUCUGCGAGCUCUAUACAGAAGGUUUAGAGCGUCUGUGACGCAGGCAAACUCGGUGAUAAAUUUUAGUUAUAAUUAAGAGACCUUUUAAUUACAAAAAAAAAAUGAUGCCUUAAAUGUGCGCAACUAAAAACCAGUUUCACAACGAAGAGGUUUUGCUUUACUUUUCCUGCCUUCUGUUCCUGGCUGAAAAUUAUUAGCGUCAAUAAAUGUUAACAAGUUUAUUCCGUUCUUUAAGGGCCCUUGCAAUUGUCGAUUGCCCUAUCAAAAUUUUGGGAAAAAUUUCUCUUAAGUAUUACUGCUAUCAUCUUCAUCUCGGGGAGUGAGAGAAGGUCGGUUACCGAGUUACCUGCAGCAACUAGAAAGUGAAGAGGAGCCUCCUGAUGUAAACCCCCUUAACCCUAUUCAGACAAAAUCGUGAUAACUCCUACACCGAAAGAGCUAUGAAGUUCAAACAAAUUUUCUGAGUUUUCCUAAAAUUUAUCUAGGAACACUUUGGUAUAAUUACCAUGUCCAUGUGAUUAAUCAUGUUGCCAUGGCAACCAGUUUCUGACACAUAGGUUUUGGAAAAUUUAAAAAAUGGUGAUUUUUUUGUUUUAAGAUCGCAGUUUUACACUUAUAGUGCUUUUUGUUGUUAAAAUGGUCUUUGCUUGGGACUAGUUUUUGAAUUACAUCAAAAUGUUUCAACAUCGAAUAUUUGGGGGGGAGGGUGGGGUAAAAUUUGUCACUUCUUUGCUUUGACAAAUAUGCUGCUCUAUUUUCCAUUCUGGGCCCGAUGCUGUUUGUCAUAUACAUCAUCUCCCGCAAAGUUUGCUGAAGUCGUCAAUAGGGAUGUAUGCCGACGAUAGGGUUAUCUUCUUCUCUGACUUCAGCGCGGAAAUCACCAAGCAGGUUUUACAAAACGAUCUAAACGAUGCUGAACAAUGGUUAGAAAGCAAGAGGCUUGUACUCAAUCACAGUAAGACUUAAUGGAUGCUGUUUGGUACUAGGCAGAAACUAGAACACUGUUCAGACCAUAAAAUACAACUUCAUGGGAAAAAAUUGACGGAGUAUCGAGCUUAGAGGUGUUAUUCUUGGCAAAAGCAGAAAACAACAGGAGCAUCAAAAAAGAAAAACAAAAUAAAUAAACACAUGAAAAAAGAAAUAAAAAACAAGCAAAAGAAAUCAAAAAAGAAGAAAGGAAGACGAAGAACAACAACAACAACAACAAAAAUAACAAUCACAACACAAAAAAUAGAGACAGCUUAUUGUCUUUCGAUAAUAAAAUCUCUUCUGACAGUCUUUUUUCCCAUUCUUUUAGGUGGCAUUGACCUGGCAAUUUUAGUCGAUACGUCAUCAAACGUCAUCGGGAUAGCGAACUUUGCGACAGUUAUGAAGUUUGUAAAGAAAGUGUUUCACUCAUUUUCCCUUGGGAUUGACGGAUUGCGAUACGGAUUAGUUGUCUUUGGUGACACUGCUAAUGUAUGUGGAAAAUAUAAUCAGAAUGGUUGUAACAAAAAUAUUGCAUUGUUAAUAGUAAUUUCGAGCAUAAGAUAAUGAGCAUUCGCAUUUUGUAUUCGCUGUAUAUGAUAUGGUACUAAGUCAUAUGACUUCAUAUAUCGUAUAGCUAUGGAGACUAACGGUUGUUUAUUCCGUCUCGUGUUCAGAAUUAGUAGUUUUGCCCUGUGAAUAUUCCCGGCUGAUUAACAAAGCUUUUAGCAUUUUUCAUACCGUUAACACAACACAAUGGAACCUCGAAAUAAUGCAGGGCCAAAGGACUGGCAAAAUAUGUUCGCUAUAACGAGGUUUAGUUAUAUCGACGGGUCCUUUUCCAACGUUUUACUAUUACUGGGGCUAAAAAGAAAAGAUAGUUCGUUACACCAACGACUUCGCUGAUAUAAAGUUUCGUUAUAUCGAGGCUCCACUGUAGAUGAAACUUAUAUCGGUGGUGAGAAGUUCGCUGUUAAAAUCUAUUCAAAUAACUAAUAAAGCACAAAUAAUCUUAAUGCAUUGGGGCAAAAACUAAAAGACCAAAACCAUUGGCGGUUUACAAGCUUCAAAAAAUGCACCCUUCAAAACAUAGAAGUAAUUGAUCAUGCUCAUGGGCUAGUUAGCAUGAAAAUACCACGAUUUGCACAUGAAAAGCAGGAAGGUUUGUAGGAAAACAAGGUCAGCGCCAGCCUCGCCUCUAUUCAAAGACCAGGGCACUAAGCACGCAACUGUAAAAUGGCCUAUUGUCAACUGUACUUGUUGAACAUUUUACCUCGAUUUCGCGGCUAGUGAACGGCUAGAUCUCUAAAUUUUCGUACGAUUAAGUUUGUUCCGUGUAAACACACGAAUUUUCACCCGGCAACUAACCAAUUCAAAUGUACCUGAAUGCGCUCCACUGGUAUAUUCGGGUGAAUAACGUGUAGCUAAUGUAAAUUAUCUUGGCGUUUUUGCCCCAUGUUUCAUCACCGUCCAUCAUUUGAAAUAACUGCUUUGUCUCUAUUAUAGGUUAUUUUUGGUUUUACGACGUACACUGCGAUGUCCGAUAUUGACAGCGCCAUUGACGGUGUUACCCAAAUUGGUGGAAGCUGCAAUGCAGGCGCGGGUCUUUCGGCAUGCCAGUCAGUCGAUCUAUUCUUCGGUAAUGCCAGAGGUAGAAAACGCAUUCUGAUAGUAAUUAUGGCUGGCAAGUCGGUGGAGGAUGUAUCGGCUCCUGCUAAUUUCCUUAAGUCAGCUGGAGUGAAAAUCAUUGGUGUUGGAAUCAGCACCUCAGUUGAUGAGUCUGAGCUAUCAGCUAUUGCGUUCCCCUCUUCCUAUUUCCUGACCACCUACUCUUACUAUGGAUUGUCCGGAAGUCCAGGAGGAGUAUCUAUCUUAACCUCCAAAGGUAUUAAAUUCGUCCAACCAUCACAAUAUGCACGGCACGCACUAUAAGCGAUUAGGCAAGCGCGGCGGUACCCUCAGGGUGCAAGAGGUAUUUUUUGUUGUUUCUUUGUUUUUUUAAAUCUUUCCUACAUGUAUUAAACUAAGGAUAGUUCGCGGUAAAGCUGCAACAGAGAAGCCCAGAGAGAAACAAAGACGUCAAUCUCGCGAUCUUUAUCAUCAAACUGAAACUGUGCGCACUGCAGCCACCCCCGCAGACGACGUUUUUUUGGCUCGUCACACAAUCCUCCUUAACAGGGCAGGAAUCCGUGACGAAGCCCUAAGAACCUCUGCGUGGGAGGCUAUGCGCACGGUUAUUCCAUGCAAGGUAUAUCUAGAACGAACUCCUGGAGCCAGGGUAGCACGGCGGAUUUUGCUUAAGACAAGUAAAUUACAGUUUUAUAAGUUCAUGGUCCGACAUCAUGAGAAUUUUCCCAAGUCGUCUGUAAAUUGCUCUCCAAUUGCGCUCUCACUGGUACACAAAAUGACGUUUGGAGAUGCAAGAAACCCUAAAUCAUCAAGUUUGAACAGUUUUUACUGAAUAACACGGACAUACAUGAAUACCCGAUCUGGAGUUUGUAAUUGCCUGUCAUAUUUGUGCCGCGUACAGAUUUGGGCACUUUUGCAGCUUUGUUGUCACGCACAAGUAGAGUGACUUUCAAUUGGUGCUAAGUCGCUAUAGGUCAUUUACCGUUGGUAUGGUCACUUAACCUGCAAAAAAUGUAAGAUAAUAAUAAUAAUAAUAAUAAUAAUAAUAAUAAUGAUAGUAACAGUAAUUAACAGUAAUAACAAUAGAUAAUAAUAUCAUUUGUGUUACAAAUGGCUCAAUGGACCGCCAAAAGUUUGGUCCAGCGACUUUUCUAAUGAUGCAUAGAUCAAUUUAAACUGCAAUGAAAUUGCCUUCUUAUAAGUUGAGACCUAAAAAUUGUCAGACUUAUUAUUUGCUUUAUGUUCUUCUUGUCAUCCCUCCUAUUUUUAGGGUUAUACGUGUGCUCCAUAAUUCUGGCUAGAAGUCACUUGCCAAUUGGUCUCGGGCGGCAAAAGGCCCAUUUGUAGAUUUUACGUUGGAUAUUUCUUCUGGCUCUUUAAAAUCUUUGUGGUGCUCUCCCAUUGACGUUUCAAAAGAAAUUCUAAUAAGAUGUAUCAACAUAAACACGUUAAGGGUGCAUAAACGAAAACUUUUCAUUUACAAGCGAUAUACAUGAAUGAGUCAAUGUUUUGAUUGUCUUAUUUCAUUUUGUUAUUAUUUAUUUAUUUAUUCAUUAUUAUUAUUAUUAUUUUCCUUUUUUUGUUUUUGCAAGAGCAAUGGUUUUUUUUGUGGCAUUAUAUCAUGCACCUCGUCCGUGGGUCUAAUUUAACUGUUGUUGUUAAUUUUGUAGUCGGUGACAUUAAGAUGGCAGGAGCUGUACCAAAAACCUUAACUGAAGGAGGAGGUUAGUUGUCUUUUUCGCCAGCAGCUUACCAGUUCUACACCUUUUCUAGGACAAAGGUAGAAGUGGGUGGGGGGUAAGUACAUUGAUGAUGGAUGGAUUUGUGGGGGAGUGGAUGGGGUUAAUGAUAACAGUUUGGUACGCACAGUUGUAAAGCCAGGGGCUAAAAUUUCCUAUAAAUGGCGUAGUUAUUUCGCACUGUUGACUUCGUGUUUGCUAAACCGGCAGUGCCCGUGAGUCUGUACAUUAUAGCGGAGCUCUCGCGCGCACUGCGCGCAGCGGAACACCAUGGGUAAAAAAAUGUGGUAAACUACCCAUCCAAGAAAAUUUGGUAAUCGCGUGACCGCACACCGACCGCCUGCCUGCCCGACCGUCCGUCCGCACCACAGGCAUACCAAUGUCAAAUAAUUCAAUCAACAGGUAUGGCAACCCAAAUGCAACGGAAAGAAAUCGCAUGGCCGCCCGGACUUUUAGAAAGAAAAAACAACAACAAAGUCGUGUCUUUUUCGACGUUAUUUUUGAUGUUUACACUCACGUGGAUAACAGAGAAAGAGCUAGAGCGAGUGAUUGAGACGAAUUUUGUAGGAAGAAAAACAUGAAAAUUCAAAGCGGCUGUGAGACAAUGAGAAAUGCUAGUGGCUAGCAAAGUGAAAAUGUGCGACAGUGAAAAAUAAAAGCGAACAUGAACACAGGAGACAAAAAUAUUGGGGAAGCACAUACGACAAUUCCUCCAUAAAAAUAAUGUGUAACCAGGAAGUUUGACGUUUUAGUCCUACAAAACAGCGUUGUAGUUAUGCAAAACAACGGCAAACAAAGACAAAAAGCGUGCUGCACGUGCAAAUUGGUUUUUUUGCUAUUUAAGUUAGAAAAAAAAGUGUGCUGCACGUGCAAUUUGUUUUUUUUUGCUAAUUAGAUCUAUUGAUCUUGAUGCCAUUUUCAUUGCCCGCCACGUUGAGCAUUACACGAUUUAAUUUUUUUUGUUUACAAGUAUUAUUAACCAGAGAUUCGCUUUUAGCCCUGGCUAAAUCGAUAUAUUAUUUCAUAAUUGUCGCAGUGAAAAUUCUAAUCGAAGCAUUGAAAGUAAGACUAAGGUAUUAUAACUUUUACCCAGUUGAGGAAUUAGUCUAUUUAAUCUGAUUUAAUUGUACCCAUCUUCUCGUGCUAUCACUCCGGAAAACAAGCAGGGAAAUCAAGGAGAAUAAAGUCAUGGUGAGACUUCAGUUGACGCUGAAAUUAGUCAAAUUAAGAGAUCAAGUACCGUGUAUUAUUGACACUUUCAGGACAUUCCCCUGCAAGUUGUCCUUUACUGUCGAUUUAUGCUUCAGAUGAAUUAUUGUCUAAUUCGGACGCAUUCAAGGCAAAACUAUGUUCACCUGCAAGAAAUCCAUUGAUAUCGUACGUUCAAGCUGUUCAUUUGAGAAUCACGAAAAGCGAAGGCUAAAGAGUAAGCGGAGACCCAGGCCGGCUCGCGCUUAUUCAAAUAGAUGCCAGCAGCACAGGGAUCCCGAACGCUUGACAGCUAUAAGAUUGCUGAUAGUAUUACAAUAAAAACGAAGUGAUUUUACCUGUGCAUCUUUGUCUGUCUUUGGUCGUUUUGUGAAGGAUUUGUGGAUCCGGAUUUGUUUUAGCCUGCGUAGUAUGGCGCUUUUGUUGAGCCGGGCGCAGGAGCGGCGUAGCCCGAAGGGCUCUACCGCUGACCAAAGAGCCCGAGGACUCUGGGUUUUCGAUUUUGGAUUGGGAGUGAAGUUUUCGAAUUUGGAGUGGAGAAUUCCAAUUUGGAGUGAUGUUUUCAAGUUCGGAGUGGAGUUUUGGAAUUCGGAGUGGCGUUUUCAAAUUCGGAGUGGAGUUUCGAAUUCGGAGUGAAGUUUUCGAAUUCGGAGUGAAGUUUUCAAAUUCGGAGUGAAGUUUUGAAAUUUGGAGUGAAGUUUUGGAAUUUGGAGUAAGCUUUUAGAAUUAAGAGUGAACUUUUAGAAUCAGGAGUGAGCUUUUAGAAUUACGAGUGAACUUUAAGAAUCAGGAGUGAGCUUUUAGAAUUAAGAGUGAACUUUUAGAAUCAGGGGUGUGUUUAAAGAUAAGGAGUGUCAUUUGGAAUUCGGAGUGCACUUGUGGGCCACCGUAGGUUUCAGUUUUCCCAGCCAAUCAAAAAUAAAGCGUUGACAGCCUAAACACGACACAAAAGCUCGUGAUAUAGUGUAAAACGUGACCUUGGCCGGAAUUGGAGUUUGCUUGAACAAACACAGGUUUUUUCUUUGUGGCUAUCUCGCGCAUAGGUGACUACACUGCGUUCUGAACUUGACUGAGUAGAUCUUAUUUUUGCUGCACUAAGUCUUACAUUUAUUUAUAGGUCAUGAAGUUGGUUUGUUUAAUCCGUAUUGAGUUAUUAUUUCCUGUGGUUAAUGUUAGUGUUGCUAAUUAGAAUUUGUUGAUCUCAGAUGCAGUUGUAAAGUACUAAUUUCUUUGACCACUCUUAAAGCCUAAAGCUCUUUAUUACGGCUAAAUAAAUAUUUCAGUUUCUUUGGUCUUUUACGACUAAAAUGCCUGGAUCUGGACAACAACAAACCAAGGAGCCUUGGUUUGUAGUUUCUUUGUCCGUGAAUGUUUUGACGCUAGCUGACGCUGGGCCCGACUUUUUAAGUGUUGUUUGCAGGAUGUUGGAUUUUUACGUAUAGCGCGAUCUUCAGAUUUAAGUUGUAGCUUAAACUUAAACUACACCAAGCAAAAAAGUAUGGAGAAUUACGCUGUGCGUCUUUCUUUUACUGUAUGCGAUCAUCGACCACAAUCGCGGAUAAUGUUCGAUGUAUUGCGCUGGAGUGCGUUAUUCUCUAACACCGAGUAAUAGAGAAAAUUGAGCUGAACUUUCUCGAGCACUGAAAUUUACUGUUUCUGUCAUAAGGUCCAUUGCUGUACAGCUCAGCGACAACAUUUCAGAUAUCUGGUCGUCGAUAGUACUUUUUAGAGGGGAAAUUGUGAUCAUACAGGUUUUCGAUGAGGAUAUUUCUUCUUUGGCCAUAGCAAAGACAGUAAAGAUCAUGCUCUUGCCAAAUCUUGUUGACAAAAUUUCCAUGACAUCUCUCCUUUGAAGAAGACUGUAAAUGGCCAUUUCCUGUUUAGGCUUCAAUACGUGUACAAUUGCCCUGUUUUCCCGUCAAAUAUUCAAGAUCGACGACGCUCCGGUCAACGCUUCUUUGAUACUUUGAUUUUGUUUUGCGGAGAUGAUUUGUUCAGUCCCUCGAAACUCUCCCAUGGGAGAUUACCAAAAUAUCUGAUUGACAAGCGAACAUUCCGAACCAAUCGGAACCGUACGGACCGACUCAAAAAAGCCACCCGUCCGUGCAGGCGGUUUUUCAAGUUGCUCCCGCCCUAAUCUCCUCGCAGUUUCUCUGCCCUCGCCCGCCUUUAUUACUUAGUCCGCCCAACCAAAACCGCCGUGCUACGCAGGCUAGAUUGUUUUAACAAGAAGACAAUUUCUCAGCUGAUUUCUCAGUCUCUCUCCGGAUCUCUCCAAACGCCGGUCACAACUCCGGGGUCAUUGUAACCCGAAACUUGCUCCCGAUACGUCUUUGUGGUCUGCAAAGGUUUUGACGCGUCGACUUGUCGGACACUACAGUAAGAUGUGUUUUGAAAUCGAAUGGAGAAACCGUCUUUACGUUAAUGCAAACUUCUUCCCAAUCGACCGAGGACAGACAGAGACGCACAGGUAAAUCGCCGUUUCUUAACGUUAGUAAGAUUUCCGUACAGCCCCCAUCACUCAUUAUCCAUAUGUCUCGAUUCGACUCUAUGAAUGUUAACUGUUUGUGUGAAAUGGUAUGAAAUUACUACAUGUAUAAUAAAUGUAUGGGGCUGUACGAAAAAUUUACCCGUAUCAAUAUCCUUUCACGGUAACUAAGACACCUAUAAAGCGUUCGAACUUCCUGCGGCAGCGAUCGUAAUUUGAUGAGGAUACUCGAUAAUUUUACAAUUUCAAAUAAUGCUAGACAUGUAGUAAUGUGGCUAGCCGAUUUCAUCGUCUCGUCAUAGGGAGCCCGAACGCUGUAUUAGCUUUAAAAAUAAUAAGAUGCAUUUACCUUUGUUCCUGUGUCUUUAUGAGUCGUUUUGGAAGGGAUUUGAGUCCGAUCAGAGACGGUUAACAUUGCUGGUUAUCAAAUGCGUUUGCUUGUCUGGCGCGUCGUAAAUAAGAUGUUCAAGUUUCGUCUCACGUUUCUAAUAUUGUUAACUAUUAACUUUCCACUACUCGUGACAGUUAAUCUGAAACCCGAGAUCAUCUCCCAAGGAGAUUGAGAGUUAAUAGUUAACAUGACAAUACUAGAAACGUGAGACGAAACUUGAGCGCCUUAUUUGAUAACCAGCAACGUUAACCGUCUCUGAUCGGAUUCAAAUCCCUUCCAAAACGACUCAUAAAGACACAGAAAAAAAGGAAAAUGUAUCUUAUUAUUUUAUUAGCUAAUACUAGCUAAUACAGCGUUCGAGCCCCCUGUGGUCUCGUGUUUCACUUGUCGUCUCAUUUUCAAAACAUAUCAAAAUUAUGAUUUUCAAAUUUUUAAUCGAAAACAGUGAAAAUACGAUGGGCCGGAAAGAAUCAAUAGAAGAUACAGAGCCGAAAAAAGUCUCGACUCGUGGCCUUGGAAACAUUGCUUCCAACGGAAAAAAAAAUCAGCUAAAAUAAAUCGAAAAGUUUGAAUUCUUUUCUACCUUCCAAAAUCAAAGCUCUUAAGGAUUUUCCUGUGUUGUCAAAAAUUGAUGAGAAAUUUCUUUGAAUUUUUAAGUGUGACUAGAAAAUAAAAAUUAACAUAAAUAUAUUACAAACGGUUAAAAAAAGUAGUUUAAUUAAAAUGUUAUCACUUAUAGUUUGCAUAGUUUAUCGCAUUUUAUUGUUAAUUGCAUUCUUACCUUUUAAACUAUUUUUUAAACCGUUAACUUUGUAAUAUAUUUAUGCUAAUUUUUAUUUUUAGGAGGAACUGACUUAGCGUUUCUGGUUGAUGCAUCAUCCAGCGUUGGCGGGGCAGCUAACUUUCAACUUGUUAUGCAGUUUGUGAAGGACGUAUUUCAUUCAUUUUCAAUGACGGAUGACAUACGAUACGGAUUAAUUAUCUUUGGUGAUGACUCCGUGAAGGUAACGUAUGAUGAUGGUGAUGAUGAUGAUCGUGAUGUUGGUGAACUUUCUCCGGGUUUUUUUUUUUUGUUUUUUGUUUUUUUCUGUUUUUUUCGCUUUUGAAUAACUCGGAACUUUCAACUUUAAAGGUCAGUACUCACUACAGUGUAGGUGACAUGUCGCUCCCCCUGCAACACUUCGCGGCAACAAAUGACUCCAUGUGCACAGGUCGGAAGAUAAGUUACUGCAGCAAGUUGCGUGGCACGUUACAGCAACAAAUCGGUUCCUGUGUACUGGAUAAUUUUUGUAAAAAUCUUUGUCAAUUUUCCGUUAUGGAGACAAAGAUUAUUAUUGCAAAAUUUUUCCAGCACAGAAGAGGCGAUUUGUCGCUGCGAAGUGUAGCCGCGACCUGUUGCUGCUGUCGCCUAGUGUUUUCAGGCCUUUAUAAAAGCCAACUUAACAAUUGCCCUGCCGUCUAUCAUAAUAACACAAGCAACGACCAAUGAAAGAGAUCCAUAUCCACCAAUCACAAAAAACAAACCAUGACCUUUUGAACUUGUUGAAGUAAACUUUUAAACUUCAGAGUUAGUAAGUAUUUCUGUUAAUUGUGAAAUGAUCCCUUGUAAAUGGAGGAAAUUUCAAAGAAACUACCGAAGUGAUCAAUGGCAAUGAGUUUUUAAACUCUUUACCAUUAAAAUUUAAAUUAAAUUUAAAUUAAAAAUUAAAAUCAAAAUUUUUGAACGUGACAUUUUGGCGAUUAAGAAUGGCAAUUUGACAGACAUACACAAAAAGGGACGUCAAGUGCAUCCACCAACCUCCCCUCUUCCCUUUCUUACUAAGCUUGCGUUCAUGGUGACCAUCUGUCGUCUAAUUUCAUUCAAUUCUUUUUCUUUAUGCAUGAAGAAAAUGUUCAUUCAUGUUAAUGGUCUUGCCUUAGUCUCAAGAAUAUGUGGCGGAUGUGGAGGUUUCUGGGAACCCAUGGACCAUUUUAAGCAGCGUAUUCUUCAGUGUCUUUUUAAUACCUUUUGAUAGAUGUGAUAUAUACAUGUAAGGCAACGUUUGCGUACCGUGCUUAGCAUUUCUUAUCGUUAGCUUUCUCCUGCUUUUGUUUUGUUUUGUUUUGUUUUUUGUAUAACCAAUGUUUUUAUUUUAUUGUAGACUGUGUUUCGGUUUGGAGAGUUUUCUUCAAUCUCAGAUGUUGACUCAGCCAUUGAUGGUGUUUCUCUUCUUGGCGGUGACUGUACCGCAGGCUCAGCUCUCUCCAAAUGCCACGCAAACCUCUUUGCAAGAAGCUCUAGAGGCAGAAAACGUUCUCUUGUUGCCUUUAUAGCCGGUACUUCCUCUGAUGACGUCUAUAUUCCUGCUGCUUCACUGCGCAUGUGUGGAGUCAGGAUAAUGGUUGUGAGCAUGAGUAGUUUAGUUUUACACUCACAGCUUACGGACAUAGCGUACCCUCCAUCCUAUGUUCUGCGAACAGAUGCGAUCGAAGGUGUUCAAAACAGCAGUGAAAGUGUGUCUGUUCUUAUAUCACAAGGUUAGUAACUGCAAACUGUCCAAUGCACUGCAACGCAUGCAGGACUGGUUUCAUAAUGAUUUACUUGGCAUUUACAGGUUGCCACAAAUAAAGAUAAAGCUCUUUUGGCAAAUGUCACCUUACCAUCGAAGGUAUAACUUUCUUUCUCUCUGUAGCGCCGAAAAUUUGUAAUAGUGUAAAAACUAUUCACGGGCUAUCCUCCAUUUUGACCACUCACUUCUCCAUACAUUCGCUCUCAGUCCCUCAAAUACUAUCUUCAGAGAGUCUCUCCAGAAAAUAAGUUAUUUGCGGUGUUUCACCUACCUUUAGUCAUUGCUUUUCGAAUGGAUUUCGACGGCUCGCCAAUACCAGCCACAGACUGUCGAGUCAGUAGGACAACACGCCUCAGCGAGCUGAUUAUUUGCUGCAAAAUUUACCGACGUAAACGCUUUUUCUUUUGCAAAGCAUUUGAUUGCCUCUUAUUUUCUUAAGGCGUUUAAGAAAAUGACAACAGUGCCGUCGCAAUAAUUUCUAUUUAUGCUUCAAUUUCCCCAGUAGAAUUGCAAAGACUCAGACUUGGCCAAAAUGAAUUAUGUGCUGAGCUCUUUUCGUAAAGGCAAUACAAAACACAUGAUGGUGUAAAGUGGCUUUGUAAACGUUUAACACAUGUCCGGUUUUUUAAACUCAAAAUAUCAAAUCAAAAUAUCAAUAUACAGACUCUUACUAAAUAUGUAUUGCCUGCGAAGGUGAGGGCAAUCAAACCGCAACAACACUAACAUCACCACUUUAUAAGAAAAAAAGGCACUAGCUGGGGAGGAGGGGGGUCGAUGGGAAAAGUUUGUGAGUCAACGAAAUCAAAACCACGACUUCCAAUAUACGCAGAUUCAUGACUAAGACGUCGACUACGACAUUAUUUGUGCACAUCAUCGCGGAUUCAAAAUUCAAAACUUUAUCCUCGGUACGAAGCAGCUGACUUCUCCUCACCCAAUGGCAAAUCAUUAAUUAAAUGCGUGGUUCAGUUGUCGCAUAAAAUUUAAUUUGCGAUCAAAUAAUGCAUUUUUGUUCGUUCUCGUCAAAAGAAUAUUCAGAAGGCUGCAAGUUGUCUUGCAAACCAGACUCUUUUACGUGUUGAUCUAACCGCCACACAGAUAACUCAACUGAAGCGCAGGCCUGCCGAGUGGAAGGCUACUGGUUCAAAACCCGGCCGGACAAAUAACUUACGGUCUUUAAAUGCCGGAGAAGAAGGUGCUGCCUUUGUACAGACAAUAUAAACGGUUGAACUUUCAAGUAUUAUAGCGUAAGGAUAAAAACCUAUAGGCCCUAUUUCACAGCUCUUGCAUAUAUAAAUUCUGUUCAGUGUAUUUUUGCCUCCAAGCUAAUUUAGGAAGCCAGAGUCCAGUUUCCCUUCUAGUGACAUCAAAGAAUAUUUUUGAAAGAUUUAUCGGGCUGCAGAAAUCGUGCCUAUGCAUGGGUAUUCAAAUAUGGGCAGAUUACAGUUCCAUCUCCCUCCCCCCCUCCCCCCCCACCACAGCUUUACGUCGGCAGCUGACGUGUGAGGUACGACUGCAGAACAUUGUCAAUUGUUGGCCUCUUAGAAUCUGGGUCUCCCUAAGUGUUUGUAAAAAGAUACGGUAAAAGGGAGUGAGGAAACUUCCGCUCUACCUCCGUGGUUUUUUGUUUCCAUUCGUGUUUAAGCACUUUUUUCCUCUUGCAGGCGGUGUUGAUCUCGCUUUUAUAGUAGAUGUUGGGAGCACAGGCUCAAGGGACCACUUCUCUUUAGUCAUGAACUAUAUCAGGAGUGUCUUUCACUCGUUUACUAUGAGCAACAGCGUGCGAUACGGAUUGGUGUUAUUCGGAAGCGAUGUUAAGGUGCGUUAAUUCAGUUCGUACAUACAUACAUACAUACAUACAUACAUACACUUUAUUGAUGCUCCCUAAGUGGGCUUUUCAGCUCAAUAGAAUAAAAAAAUACAAAUAUAUAAAUUAAUUGAGAAUGUAAGUACAAUAAUAUUAUAAUUACAAAAUAUAUAUCAAUAAUAUAAUAUAUCAACUUAAUAAAACAUUUGCAAGAUGACGUCUAAAAUUCCUGGGGCAUUUUAAGGACUUAAUGUUAUCAUUCAACGAGUUCCAGAGUUUGGCUCCUCUGAAAGCAAAGGAGCGCUGCCCUGUUGACAGGCGACAUAAAGGUAUAUCCAAAGCACCAGAUGAUCGAGUUUGUCUAUUAUGGACUUGAGAACGUGAUUUAAACAAAUCAGCAAGAUAGUCUGGAACAAGCUUGUUAAUACAUUUGUGCAUCAUAGUAGCGUCAUUUAGAAUGAGUUUCUCUCUAAUAGGAAGCCAUUUCAACGAUCGCAACCCAUCCGAAAUAUGGUCAUACUUUCUUAGUCCCAGAAUAAUUCGCCCAGCAAAGUUUUGGACUUUUUGUAACUUGUCAAUAUUGCUGCUGCUGGUAUUACUCCAGACAGUUGAACAAUAUUGGAGUUUACUAAAGACAAAUGAAUUUAUUACUAACAGAAGUGUUUUCCUAUCCAGGAGGUGCUUGAUUCUGUUAAUUUGGUACAAUUUAAAAAGGCAUUUAGAGGCAAUCUCAGUGAUAUGUUGGUUAUAACUGAGGCGUGUGUCGAGAAGAACACCCAAGUCCUUAACGACAGGCACAGGUGUUAUUUCCUUGUCAAAAAGUGUUAUACUGAAUGAUGACAGUUUCUUUAAAAGUUGUGGUAAUCCAACAGCUAGAACCUUAGUUUUGUCCGGAUUAAUCAAAAGAGAGUUUUUACAGCACCACUGAGAUAUUCUCGUAAGAUCUUCGUUUAAGGCGAGGAUGGACGUGGGUAAUUCGGCAGGUGAAAAGGACAAAUACAAUUUACAAUCAUCAACAUAGGAGGCAGAUAGACAACGUUUAGGAACAGAAAGGAGGUCGUUAACAUAGUUUGUAAACAAAACCGGACCUAAAAUAGAGCCUUGCGGAACUCCGAACUCAAGUGGGAGUACUUUAGAAACUGCGUCACCAAUUCGAACGCACUGUUGUCGGUUAGAAAGGUAACUCUGAAACCAAUCCAACGCACCCUGGGAAAAAUCGAGAUUUUGUAGCUUGGAUAACAAGAUGUCGUGUCGAAUACUAUCAAAUGCUUUAGACAUAUCUAAUAAGACCAUGAUGGAAACUUUCUUGUUAUCCAUAGCCUGGAGCAACUGAUCUGUAACGUACAACAGAGCUGUUUCUGUCGAGUGAAGCUUUCUAUUUCCGCUCUGAUGUGCUGCCAGUUUAUUAUUUCUAAUUAGAUGCUCCAUAAGUUGUCCAUGUACCAACCUUUCAGUGACUUUUGAGACUAUUGGUAAUAAUGAGAUGGGGCGAUAGUUGUUAGGGACAUCUGGAUUACCGCAUUUGAGAAUAGGUGUAACCUCUGCUGUUUUCCAUGCACGUGCAAAUGUGUUGGUAACAAAGGAGUUAUUCACAAUGUGGGUAAUUGUUGUUAGCGUACUGGGUAAACUGUCUUUAAGAAUUCUAGAAGAUAUCUUGUCCAUUCCAGGAGCUUUGUUAGAUGGUAGGCUUCUAAUCACCCUUUCUACCUGAUUUUCCGUGACUUGAUGGAGAACGAAUAAUUCGGGGCUAACGUCGGUGGAUAUGUGUAAAGGAGUCGGCACAUCCAAAUUUACAUUAAGUCCAUGAUGUAAAGAUAAGUCCCUGGCUUUUUGAGCAGUAAUACUGCCGACGGAAGUGAAGAAAUCAUUUAAUUCGUUAGCUAACCCAGUGGGAUCCUCAGAAGCCAUAAAACUAUCUUGUUGUUUACGUGGUAGACACCGGUUAAUGAUUUUCCAAAUUGAGUUAGAAUUUCCAUUGCUAUCCAGGAUCUGAGUCCUGACGUGAACUUUUUCGGCCACACGAAUCUCCCUUUUCACUUCUUGACGAAAAAAUCUGUAUCCGUUCCAGUGGAAAGGGUCAUUUGUUUUUCCCGCAAGUUUGCGCCAUUGGUCGCGCGUUCUCAUUAGUUGACGAAUUUCUGGUGUUAUAAAGGGGUUAGGUUUAGAUCUAAUUUUAACCCUCUUGACUGGAGCAUGUUGACUUAGUACUUCCAAGAACAGUUCGUUGAAUACAUCAACUUGAUCGUUGAAAUCGUCAAAUAGGCUUAUUAUGUGAAAAGGCGCAUAUGAGAAAUCACGUAGGAAAUUGUCGGCGCUGUAAUUAGUAUAGCUUCUAAUAGUGACGUAACAGGGCUUGAUCCUUGGCUUUUUUAACUUCAGCGAGAUGUAAACAAGAUUGUGAUCGCUAAUAGUUGACAUAAGGACGUCGUUUGAAGCAAUUAGUUUCUCAUUCGUGGUCAUCACAACAUCGAUUAACGAUUCCCCAUUCUCCCUGGCUCUGGUUGGUUUAUUGAUUAAUUGGGUGAGGUUAAAAGUCGAGCAAAAAUCGUUUAAAGCACGGGAUUCUGCGUUAUCUUGAAGGAGGUUGCAAUUGAGGUCACCCAAUAUAAUGACAUCAAGACCUGACAGGAGGGAUUCGAUAAGACUGUUGGCAAGAUCAUCUAUAAAAUUUAAUGGAGUACUCGGUGGUCGAUAUACUGUGCAGAUGACGAAUGACUUAUAACAGCGACUUUGCACUUUUAGCCACAAUUGCUGAAAGUUAUUAUCAGAAACUGAGGAUACAUUCUCCAGUGAUGAAACUUUGUAGUUUUUCUUAAUGUAAACACAUAGUCCGCCGCCAGGUUUGUGCGGGCCACGGUCUUGUCUAUACAAAGUGUAGCCUGGAAUAUGAAUGCUCUCGUUGUUGACUGAAGAAUCCAGCCAUGUCUCUGAUAUCGUAAAGAUGUCGAAAUUAUUUGAGACAACGGAAUCCUUUAGCAGAGUGAAGUGUUCCCUGGACUUCAGAAAAAUCAAGCCCAAGUUGUUCAGUAGAGAACAGCGCCAGCCACCGGAAAAACCUCUGAUACGUUCUAAGGGACAAGGGACCGCGUGCAGGGGGAUGUGCAGUGAGGAGACUUGUCCUCCUCCCAUACUUUUUGUUCGAAGUAAAAAAAAAAAGUUUUGUUACAAUCAUGGUAGGGAAUAGAGAAGAAACAGCUCUAGCUGAAAGAUGCAAUGAUUAUUGCGAUUUUUAUGGCAGGGGCGCAUUAUACAGGCCUGAUUACUCCUUUCAUAAAGAGGCGAUUUUUUGCACGUGUAAACCAGCAGAGAUUUCAUAAAGACUCUUGCGCACGAGAAAAUAUUUCCGACUCAUGAAGUUUCUAUUGUUUUCCAGGUUAUAUUCCAAUUUGACAAGUAUGCUGAUAUCUCUGAAAUCGAUUCAGCUAUUGAUGGCUUGAGUGUAAACAGCAUUGGUGUCGGUUGCAAUGCGGGUGCUGCCCUUGUCCAGGCUCAAUCUGCUCUGUUUGCGGGCGAUGGUGAAGCAAGGCAUCGUAUAAUGAUAUUACUGAUGUCUUCAUCUUCCGAUGAUGAUGUGUCAGCUGCUUCUGGACCCUUGGAAUCAGCAGGAAUUCAAGUAAUCGCCAUCGGAAUGGACAUUCAACGCUGGACCGGGGGAUAUCAGGUCAUAUUUCCAACUGUGGCAUCUUAUCUUCUUACAGCUGAAUUGUAUCAUGGCUUAUCUGAAGCCGUAGGCGGAACUUCAGCUCUAAUAUCACGAGGUAGGAUUUUUCUAUUUCAAGACCUUUCUUGUUUUGUAAAAAAAGAAAACAAAAACAAAUAGAUAAAUAAAUGAAAAGAAGAAAAAUACUGCAAUUACCUUUGAAGUUCUAUUUGUUUGAUACCGGCGUGAGUAUAUUUCUGAGUGUUUUUUUGGAAACGGGACUGCUACUUCCACCUGGAUUGGGGGCACCUAAAGGUCUAGCCGUUCUUAUUUAAUUAAUAGAUAGUACAUGUACCAGAAGUAGCACAUUCUUCCUUGGCCACUAAAAUAACCCACUCUGCAGAACAGCGCUCUUUCAGCACAAAAAAAAAAUGAUGAUCCGUUUGGUCUCACUAUGAAAGCAAAUAAUAUUGUUACCAUAUCUAAAUUUGAAAACUGUUUUUUAUUUAUUUCCUUUUUACUUCAGCAUAGUAAAUGGUGUGGAAUGGUUGUGAAACCCGGCAGACUCCUUUGUUGAUAUGUUUUUGUGGACUUUAAAGUGCAGAACGUUCGAAAGCAGUCCUAUUAUUUUGAUCGUAUUGACCAAUAAGAACGUUGUAUUAGUUUAUUUCGUCAUGAUCACAAUUUGUCAAAAGAAAACAAAGGAUUGUGCACCUUCAGGAAGCUUCCAAAAUAAACUGAGGCACCGUUGUUUUUAUAAUUGAUGUUUGCCGCUUUUCAUAACCAGUCUCCUCUGAUGGCUAUGAUUUCAGCAACGAAUAUUUUCCAGUAAAAAGAGACCUAUGUUAUGCUCCCAGGAUACUGGGAUCGCCAGGGGGCAAACAUUGCGAUUCACUACUAAAAGGAAUGUAUGGCGCAAAGUAUAGUUUCUCCGUCAAAAGCAGUAUCUCUGGAAAAAGAAUAACGCAUUUUUGUCGUAAUUUUUUGAGAACCGGAGGUGACUAAUGUUGGUGCGUUGAGACUGUAAGUUUCUGUGAUUAAUGCCAUAAAUUCUAUCGAUAAACACUUCUUCUUUCGUAAGGUAAAGGUAAGGAAAAGGUGUCGAUUUAUAGUACAAAUUUAGGUAUAAAUGUAGAGGAGGAUGGUUGACUCACUUGAGGUUUUUAGUUGUAGUUACGUUUUCUGAUAUUUACAACGGGUGCACUAUUCUCGGCUGCGGUCAACUGAAGCACAGAAUUUAAAUGCUUUUUUUUUGAUAACGCUGUGAGAAGCAAGGAAUCCAAGCGGAGCGAAAUCAAAAGCGACAAUAUGUCCCGCUAUUUUCGAUGAAAUACUUUGUAGGAGUCUUAAAUGAAAGAUUUUUUCUCCGGGUAGCCGGGUGCGAAUUAUUCAAAUGAAUCGACGAAGGGCGAGUUUUGAAUGCUGAGUUUACCACUUUGAACUUAAUAUCCCACUGAGAGCGACUAUUAGUUAUUCAAAUGAAUCAAUGAAGCGCGAGAUUUGAAAGCUGAACUUAAAAACUUGUAAAAAAAUCUUUGAAUGCAGUCUGAACAUUCGCAAAGGGCCUUAAACAAUCUUCAGUUUACCAUUGUGUAACCGAUUCGAUAGGGUGACGACAGUAUUUUUGACCCUCUCCCCUAAAUGAGUACCCUCCCCCCAAAGAAUAUUGUUCACUACUUGACACUCGCUGAGGUUUCAAAUUUGCCGCCUCGGUAGUCAUCGGAAUUUUGCACGUUUAAAGCGCCAUUGUUUAAGUCAUUUCAAAAAAGACCUAAUAUGGCCAAUUUUACAACAGAAAACAAUACCUAUUGUUUUCGAAUUGGACCCGCUUUUCUUGGUACGGUGACAAGACAACAAUCAUCGAAGGUAUGUUCGAUGAAAUAGAAAUAAGAAAAAUCCUCAUUUACGUUGUAGAAGGGCCUGUUUACAUGGAGUGGGCGACCCCGGUCUAGUGGAGUUGGUUUCUUUUGUUUUCACGCUCUGGGGGACACAAAACAAAAGAAACCUACCCCACUAGAUCGGGGUCCCCCAGUCCAUGUAAGCAGGGUCUAAGUAUCCUCUACGUGGAAAGUACGUGAUAUUUAUGCAUGAGUAGAUGUGGCAGAAAUCGGACUUGUGAGCGCAGCAAAAUGAGUAUUUAAAAAGAUUUCCGAUACAAAAACAGUUAAUGUGGAAAUAUUAAAAUUCCAUGUAGAUGUGUGACAUUCAAGAUUUCUAUAUCCUUUCACAAAAUGAUUCGAAAAAGUUGUAGAACUCGGCAUUGUAGCACUGGAUCACGACAAAACGUUUUAGUUCUGAUUUUGGCGAGAAGAGGGAAUCAAAGUGAAGAAUGCGUCAAGAUGUUGUUGUUUUUAAAUUUACAUAUACUAGAUACAUCCUAGUUCCUUCGAUCGUUGUCACAACCGGCACAACGUUGUGAUCGCCGCCGUGUAUGGAGCAGUUACACUCGUUGUAAAUAUCUUGCCUAGUCCCUGUACGGCGUUUUCCCAGUCCCUCUCGGUCAAUUCGUUUCGGUGACGUAUCCGAGGCGAACGGGCGGGAAACGCCUAGACAAAAACAGAAUGCGCAUGCGUGCGUUACUUUUUGAAAUUCAAAGAUGACGUUAAUGUUGUGAGCAGCAAGCAAGCAGGCAGCAGGAGAUUUUGGUUAUUAACCACUCUUGUGGAUAUUUGUAGGAUCGACUUUUGCCGACCGGCUUUGAAAAGUCAUCAGAAUGUUAUUCAUAGUCCUAUGAAGAUUUAUACUGCUCCUUCAAUCUCAUCAUUCCAACUGAGCUAUCGGAGUUUGCCGCUCGCGAAUUUCCAAAGUAAACACAAUAUUGACCCGUGUGUUGUAAACUUUGACCUCAAAUCUUGAUUAAUUAGAAAAACCAUACUCUCAAAUAAAAUUCAUUAGCUGCGUAUCAAAAAGUGCCCAGAAACUGAAUCUAAAAGUAAAAAUCCUAUAAAAUUCGCCGACAUUCACAGAAGUGAUGCGUGUAUUAUAAAUGUGAGAAGGAUUAAAUUCAACUUGCAUGCGUUGUCUCAGGAUCGUGUUUUGAGCAAAUGUUACAAUGAAAGAACACACAACAACAGACAGAGAAAUUAUUUUCUCGAAAAUUUUUAUUCAAAGGCCCAUAAAUUAAUCCUUAAAAGCAAUUCGCGUGACACAAAUUUGGCUCGUCGGUCCGUUCACGCAAGUAAAAUCGGUUGAGCACAGGGCAAAAAUUUUUCAACACAAAUCUCAAGUCAGGGCGCUCAAGCCGAUCUCAAAAUGUAUACAACAUUCACAAAUGCGUAAUUUUCUUGACUAUAGAGUACAAAAUGUACCUGAAAAUUCUUCAAAACUUCGCUGCUUGGUGGCGUUUCAAAACAAGCGAAGCACUCCGAUCGGCCGUGAUAAAAAUUCCGUGUAUUUUAAAUUCCUCGAAGGACAGUUUUAUAAAGCCGGAAAAGCUUUCCUUUGUCAACUUGAAGAAAACCAAGGAUUCUUUUGAAGAUUCCUCUCAAAUCUGUGUGUUUUAGCGAUGUAUUUUUAACUUUGAAAUUCGAAACACUGGUCUUGUUUACCAUCGCCAUUGAGCUGUCUCACUUUUGUCUCACUUUUGAGGAUUUUUGUCUAGGCCUCACAUUUUCGCAUGGACCACGUGGCCCGAAACGCUUUGGCCGCGAGGAAAAAUGAGGUCUAGGGACUAGGCAAGUAAAUAUCGGCGCAUGUAACUACGUCUGGAAAGACUUAAACGAGUCAUUCCCCGCUCGUAUAUACCUAAGUUUGUACUAUAUCUUUCGAGACUAUUAUUUCACAGUAAACGUUGUUAAAGGAGUGUUUUUAGCGAUAGAAUUUAUCGCAUUGAUCACACAAAAGUUAUAAUUUCAGCGCAUCAAUAUUAGUCACCCCCGCUUCACACAAAAUCUUGGCAGAAAUGCUUUAAACGGAGAAACACCUUUACGCCGUACAAUUUUUUGUAACGACUUUCAAUGUUCGCACCUUGGCCAUCCCAAAACCCUUUGCUCAUAACUGGUCUCCGAUUACUGGAAAAUCAUUCAUUUAUUACAUUAAAUACACACACAAAAAAGAAAGAAAAACAAUUAUAUUAUUUAUAAUAGUGCCUCGUGCAGAAAGGAAAAAAGAAACUAACGUAAAUCAUCAAUACUAUAUUAAACUAAUAUAAAUCGAGCAAUCAAAGUACAUCUGUAAAAAGCGGAGAAAAACUACUUACGUUUAACUUGAAAAAAACAAAAACAAAAAAAUUAGCAGCCCUGAAGGAAUUAGCUGGCAGGUGUCAGAGAGCGUCUUUUUCGCGCUUUUUAAGAUAACUAAAUAAUCAAAUGAAGAAUGACCCUCGCAGUUGAAUGAUUUGUUAAAUGAUUUAUUUCAUAUACAUCUGUAUAUCUAAACAGUGUUGACGAGGAGAUCUCACUUUCACGUAGCCUCGGCUUCAAUGUCCGUCGAGCACGCGUGAUGAAAUAUAAACCGCGGGGGAUUUAUUGAACGCCAGCGCAACGGGGUGGUGGUGGGGGAAGAAGAAAAUAGACGGUCUGUAGACGUCCUAAUCUGCUACAAAGCCGUUUUUAGUGUCGUCACGCAACGCUCCCGUACGUGACGACACUAAAAACGGCUGUAUUGUUGGUUUUCACAUGACGUCACUAAAACUCAAACUACAAAACUAUCGAUACUGCUGAGAUUUUACUUUCAUGAUGUAUUAGAGAAGCUGAAAACUAAUGUUCGUACAAGUUUUCGCUUCAAAAGGUUUCUUGGUUUUGCGUUAGAGUACGCUUGAAUUUCUUAGCUUUUGCGUGACGCGGCAUUUACAUGGCGGGCGAGAGAGCUGUAAUAUAGGUUUAAAAAAAGAGUUGUUUCGGGGAAUUUUGUUAUUUAAACAGUUAAUGUAAUAGAUAAAGUAUUACUUUAAUGUUUAUGAGUUCCUUGAGGGAUAUAUUCACGCUUUUGGAGCAAAACUCGGUAUGAGAUGUUUCUGUUGGUUUCCGUCCCCCAUGUUGGUGCCCAUCCAUGGGCCGGGCUAUUCAAAGAUGGGUAAAGAUAACCCGGGGUUAGUGCGAAAUUUGAACUCAGAUUUGAAAGCUUAAAAAUUAAAUUCAGUUUAAUCUUUUCUGUCAGCAAGUUGAUGAUUGGAUGCUCUUAAAAAUAACAGAGAAAAGUAUCUGAGAAAAUGCUUUUGAACAAAAGAAAAAGAAACCCGGGUUAAAUUUAACCCUGGAUUAAGCGCCAAUCGGCCUUCGAACAACUGGUGGGUACCAGAAUGACGUCUCCAUGCAAAUUCUUAUAAAUUUGGGUAAAAGAUUUCUUCGGAUAUCUCGUAUAUGAAAACUCCUCUGACCUGAAUCUUGGCGAGGGUCUUUGUAUAUUUACCUCCUUUCAUUUCCCCGCAGAUUCUGGACUUUAUUUAUUGAACGGUUUUGAUUUUGAUUUUGAUCUAUUUUGAAUGGUGUGACACCGAAAACCAGCAAUAGAUAUCUCUGGGAGUAACUGAGACUUGCUUUCCCCAAGAAAAGCAAAUUACCAUUGGCUGAACGCCGAUUAACCUGCCAUCAUUAUGUCAACGACUCAUCACGCUCACCUCAUGCGGCGCGAAGUAGAAGCGUUUGUUACUGCUUACCGCGACACUUUAAUUUGCAUUAAAAAAUAGCAUCGAUUGAAAGCGCUGCCUACUUGUGAACUCGGGAUGUAGUCAUGCUACCAUAUCUCUGGCAUCGUAGUGCAGUGUAGACCAUGAAAAGCGUACUUGACGACUGUUUGGCACAGCAAAUACGUGCUCAAAGAAGAGCAGUGCCAGGCUGUUUUGGGUUUAAUGGAGCAAAAGAAUGUUGUGGCGGUUCUUCCACGGGUUUUGGGAAAAGUUUAAUUUACCAUUUGUUCGCGGCAGUGAAACUCAAACAAAGAGAGAAGAACGUGGUAUUUGCGUCGUCAUUACGUCAUUAUUAUCAUUGAUCAAGUUGAAGCAAUGAGAUAAGCUGGCAUUUCAGUAUCGCCGCGGAACCAUGAGGUGAUGCAAACAUUCUUUUAACCCAAGGCUAUCAUCGUCGUGCCCGCUUUCUUGAAAGCUGGUUUUAACAUAGGGAACCGCCUCUGUUAUUUGUAAACUGCAAAUGGAAAUCAAGCAUUGCGAAAUUUACGGACCCAGCGCCGACAAAACAUCGAUUAUGCAUCGUAGCCUGCGAAAACAUGCGUUUCUCCUCGCUCUUCGCCGCUGGGGACGUUCACGCGGAGGAACGUCUGCGACUUAGCGACAGAAAUUCCAUACUGAUGACGUAAAAUCUGUCCGGAAUCCGGUCAGAAGCGCUGAUUGGUCGACGUUGUAGUAACAUUGUUUUAGGCCAAAUAUAAACGCGUUUGAGUUUUGCUGGAGCUCCUUGGCAGAUGAACACAACACUUUACCAAAAUCGACCAGAAGACAUGUAAAAUUGGACAAAUUUAUAUUUGGAACCCCAUGACUACCGGAUUUAUUAUAUAAAUAUUGAUUUGCGUCAUCAGUAUGGAAUUUCUGUCGCUGAGUCGCAGACGUUCCUCCGCGCGGAACGUCCCUAGCGGCGAAGAGCGAGGAGAAACGGAUGUUUUCGCAGGCUAUAUACAUCGCAGAACAGCUUCCAUUUCACUUUGCUCGGCAGCAGAUUCAAGAAUACAACAUGCAAGUUGAUUCCAUUUGCAGUUUACAAAUAAGAUUUCCCUGUGGUUUUAAUAAAGGAAAAUCCAGCCCGAGCGCUUCUAACCUUAUUACAGCAAGGCGAACAAACCCUACUUUACUAAUCUUCUAUUUGCGAACUCUCCAAUUUUGUAACACUUUGACGAACACUCUCAAUAAAAAGAUUCGCUGUAGCUUUACGGAAACAGGAUGAUUGCCCAGUACUAUCGACGUAUAAACAGUACCAAGAUAUCCUACAAUAAUCGGAUGGGCCGAUUUGUUUCGACUUCGGACUUCUUCUGGUAUAGUCGGCUUUUUCGACGUUGAAGCAGUCUGAGAAGAAAUGCUUCAAAUAACACGCGACUCCGAGUGUCAUUGUUGUUUGUAAAAUACUUAAGCCAAUUUCACGAGCAAUUUAUAUCUCCAAUAUCAUUGGUCCAAUUUAAUUGGUGCUGUGAACGCGGAGGUGAUAAUGUUGUGGCGUUGACAUGGGGGGGAGAGACUUAAUAAACCUCAGUCUCUUUUUUUUCAAAGAUGUCUACAGACGGGCUUUAUUUUUCUUCCUCGCGCUCCGCGCUCGUUCUUGCUCGAAAAGAACGAAAAGAGAAAUAUAACAACUUCUGUGUACAGGCUAACUUUCACGGUACUUCAAGGGUUGCUUUGGAUUCUAUUUCAUAACAAUGUUUUAGUUGUUUUAAAACCCAUAGAUUUGGUUCGGAUUUGAUUUUGACUCUUAGCCUGUGUACAGACGUCCCCCCUCCCUUAGAAAAAUCGGGAGAGGAAACGUCUGUGAAUCGCCGACGAUAAUCGUGUUCCCGUUUCCCCGGAAUGUUGGGGAUAGCCUCUGAUUGGUUGUAAUGUUAAUGCCAUGACGCAAAUAAUUUCCGGUGUUGUGAUUGGUGAAGGAACUUCAGAAUAGAUUCCCCGGGGAAAAGCUCAGCCUUUGCUUGACUAUAAUCAGAGAUCUUAUAUCUGGAUUUUGGACGGACAUUACGUGAAAAUGUUCGGCUAGCCUGUACACAGACGCCAGAGCUAUUUUUCGACCUACACGUGCCUUUUCAACUGUCAGCGAAAGAACAAAAAAAUAAUUUAUGCAAAUGUAUACCGGAACACGAUUAACGACGGCGAUUCACAGACGUCUCUUCUCCCGAUUUUUCCUGAGGGAGAGGGGACGUCUGUACACAGGCUAUUGACUCUUUGAAGAGUCAAACUGCCCACCUACCCCUCCCCUGAGCCUAAAUUUUGCCCUAAGUGAGAAGUAAGUGUUAACGUUGGCUUAGGGAAGGGGUAGGUGGGCAGUUUCCCAGAAACGUAUAAUAAUCCUUUGGUCUCACUAAGGAGGGAAAAAAUGUUCUUACUAUAACUAAAUUUGAGAUUUCUUCUUAAUAAGAUUGUCAUCAGUAACUUCCAUUUUCUCUCCAUAUUUCUUCUCUCAUUUUUUUCCUUUCCUGUUUUUCAUAUUUUCCUCCUUCUUAUUUUUCUUCUUCCUAAAUUUGAUUGUAGUCGGCGACGUCAGCAUCAGUGCAGGAUCAGUAUUAACGGAGACGUUAACAGCUGGCGGAGGUUUGUAACAUUUUCAGUCUAUUUAGAAACUGCAUGUGUGUUUAAGAGUAACUAAAGCAAGAUAAUCAACGGUCAGGGGCUUACCGUAUAGCCAUUUGUUAACCAAUGAUUUUUUUCCUUCUAGGUGGCUUUGACUUGGUAAUAUUGGUGGAUGGUUCAUCCAGUGUUGGUGGAGCGGCUAACUUUAAAAUCGUUAUGCAGUUCGUCAAGAGCAUUUACCAUUCAUUUAUGACGGGACAUAGAGUUAGAUUCGCCUUAGUAAUAUUUGGGGGUGGUAGUGUUAAGGUAAAAAAUUACUCCCUUUUAACAGUAUUAGAGGGCACGUGGUUAAAUUGCGCGACAUGUCAACAUCUCUCCUUAAUUAAGCUGGUUUGCAAUGUGUAGUAAAGUUCUUAAGAGGGUUGCUAACCAGUCGUGCAAAUUCAUCUUUAGAAAAUGGCACUCUGUCUCUAAAAGUUAUCGGAACAUGAUGGGGAACUACUCAGAAAGAUGUUAUGUGCUUUAAUAACUGUUUGCUAUGCAGAUCUCAAACUAUUUUAAAACUUGAACAUGUAAGAAAAUAGAAACUAUUGUAAUAAGGCGCGAAAAGAGUUUCUUUUUUUCUUUUUCUCACAAAAAAGGUAGUCUUUGGUUUCAGUGAGUACACAACAAUCUCUGAGGUUGACUUGGCGGUUAGUCAAGCUUCAUUGUUGGGCGGCAGCUGUGCUGUGGGUGUUGCUCUUUCCAAGUGUCACCAGGAUCUGUUUUAUGUAGAGAGUACAAGAGGAAGAUCACGAGCACUUCUUGUGCUUGUAGUGGGAAAAUCCACCGAUGACAUCUCGAGUGCUGCAGCUUCUUUACAAAUGUGUCGAGUAAAAGUAACGGUGGUUGGAAUAGGAAACGGGAUCGACCAAUACCAACUUCAGGAUUUGGCAAGCUCAUCCUCUUUUGUUUUGACAACAGCAUCUAUCGAUGGCUUGUUUGACAUCAGUGGAAGCGCGUCGGCCUUGACAUCCCAAGGUAAUUUUUGCAACAUGCUACGGCAACCAAGUUAUUGCAGUAACCGUGUUUGGAGUAGCAAUUCUUUGCAUUCGAUAAGUCGCUUAAUCCCAUUUGUCUUCCAAUAUCUUUCAAGGCGGUGUUGAUCUGGCGUUUAUGGUGGAUGCAUCAUCAAACAUAAAGGACAAGGUUAACUUUCAGUUGAUGAUGCGAUUCAUCACAAGCGUGUUUCACUCUUUUACAUUGGGCCGUGGCGUACGAUAUGGCUUACUGGUCUACGGAAACAGCGUUAAGGUACUUGUAAACUCCACUUAAAAACACAUACUAUUCGAUUAUCUAUGACUCGGUUGCUUGGAGUUGUGGUAUUGGCAUGCUCGUGUGUCUUAUGAUUCUGUUGUCACUAUUCAUAUUAUAAUGAUUAAUGCGAAGGCUGGUUAAUUUAAAGCCAUAGUGUCAUAGGAAUGGGUCCACAUUUUCAUACAGAUGUGUCGGAUAUAAGAGGGGUCUGGCCUUUGCGUUAGGUUCCGACGGUUAAAAUGAUUACCUGGGUUCAUAUAGAUUACAUGUGUUCACAACCGAGAUUGAUUCGCUGCAGUAUAAGCGCAGGACUAUUUUGCCUUUUUACACAUUGGAAUAACUGGAAAUCUUUCUUAAUUGUAACCUUUAAGGUUGUGUUUGGGUUCAACCAACAUGCGACGAUGGCUGAUAUUGAGUCGGACAUCGCUGGUUCGUCGUUGAUCGGUGGUCCAUGCAAUACGGGUGCUGCUCUUUCCCAAAGUCUUUCAGCCCUGUUUACAGAUAACAGCAAAGGCCGGCGGCGUGUUCUCGUUGUGCUGAUGGCAGGCCAAUCGUCCGAUGAUGUUUCAAAUCCUUCAUGGUCAUUGAAAUUAGCUGGUGUUCGAUUAAUUGCAAUUGGAAUCGGACCGUCCAUUGAUCAGUCUCAACUUAAACAGAUGGUAUUCGAUUCUUCUUAUUUUCUAACCAUCGCCUCAUUUGGCGAACUAUUGGAGCUCUCUGGAGGGACCACUGCCCUUAUAUCACAAGGUACAUAAAGAUAUAUAGAUAUUUUCUUUGAAAGCCUGUGAAGAAACUUUAUUCAUACAGAAAUCAUCCUACACAAUCGUAAAGCGUAUUUCCAGCGUAUUUAACGCUUGAACUGCAAUUUGAAGGGAAGGUUUACCUCUGAUUAAAAGCAAAACAUGGUCAUUAUUUUGAAGUUUCCGGAAUGUGAAACUGUUUUAUCAGUCCUCGUCAACACACCCAGUUAAAAUAGGGAAAUCAAGAACAUUCUAUUCCCAUAAGAAGAAAAAAGAUACAUUUCUAAGCGCUGAGUUGAAUCAAAUGUUGCGGAAAAGAGAAAAAAAACCUAUUAAUUCCUUGAUGUAAAAAGAUAUAUAAUUAUUCUACGAGCUCUUAACAUUUUUGAUUUGUUUAAAUUGUGACUUGAUUUAUGUACUUUUAUUUUUUGAAUUAAUUAAAGACAUUCGGGACAAAGAUAUCCCAUUCAGUUUGGCCACCUUUAGUUUGACUGUUAACUCCAAGUGCGAUAAAUCAUUCAAUCGAAGAUUCAAGCCUGAAAUGUACGUUUAGUUCUAGUUAUUACUGUGGUUGUUUUCUGCCUGUUAUAGUUGGUGACGUGAGUAUUAGUGGAGGCAAAGUUCCAAUGGGCAGCUUAACAGCCGGAGGAGGUUUGUAAAAGUUUCGUCUUGCUUGCGUCGCAGAUUUUUAGGUUGUGUCCUUAAUCAUUCCCUUGCAGCAUUCAAAUCCUUCUCGGUCUAACACGAAAUUAGUACUUAGGUAGUGGACCAAAGUGUAUAGGUGACUGUUGGUGACACGAAUAAGAUAAGAUCGUGACAUCAUCCACUGCAUAAUUACCCAGGCUGAAUUUGCUAUGACAACAAACAAUACUGGAAGUAUGUGAGUCAAGCUGAAGUGAUUGGCAAACAGAUCUUUUGUUUUUCUUCAGGUGGCUUUGACUUGGCCAUAAUGGUUGAUACAUCGUCUAGUGUUGGGGGACAAGCAAAUUUUCAACUUACUUUGGAAUUUCUCAAGAGUGUGUAUCAUUCAUUUAUGACAGGCUAUAAAGUGCGAUACGCAUUAGUUGUCUUUGGAAACGGCGACGUAAAGGUAACUGGUUCUUUCAGUAUACGUAUAUUAUUAUGUCAAAAGAAGAAGUCUUGAAAUAGUUUUUUGGCUGAUUGGUUCCUCCACUUUUCCCUCAAAGGUUAUUUUUGGAUUCAAAACCUUUACUUCCAUCACUGAAGUUGACUCGGCUGUCUCCGGCGCCUCGCCGAUAGGUGGCAGUUGCACCGCUGGUGCAGCUCUUUCCAAAUGCUACCAGGAAUUGUUUUUCGCCAAAAGCACCAGCGGUAGAUCACGUGUUCUGGUCGUACUGAUGGCAGGCAAAUCAACUGAUGACGUAUCUGCUGCUGCCGCUUCUUUAAGAACGUGCCGAGUCAAGAUAACUGUUGUUGGAAUGGGUGAAUUGGUUGAUCACGCUCAACUUUCACAUAUAGCCUACCCUUCGUCUUCUGUUCUAAGGAUGCCAUCGAUUAACGGUUAUUUCGACAUCAGUGGAAGUUUGUCAGCUCUUAUAUCUCAAGGUAACUUGUUACUCGUUGACUUUGCUUUCCGUGACCUUUCAUUAUGAUGUCGUUAAUUCUGCUGUACACUGUGCUUUGUUCCUCUAAAGGCGGAGUCGAUCUGGCGUUUACGGUGGAUGCAUCAUCAAACAUCAAGGACACGUUUACCUUUGAGUUGAUGAUGCGAUUCGUCAGAAGGGUGUUUCACUCUUUUACGUUGAAUCGUGGCGUACGAUAUGGCUUACUGGUCUACGGAAACAGCGUUAAGGUACUUGUAAACUCCACUUAAAAACACAUACUAAUCCAUUAUCUAUGACUCGGUUGCUUGGAGUUGUGGUAUUGGCAUGCUCGUGUAUCUUAUGAUUCUGUUGUCACUAUUCAUAUUAUAAUGAUUAAUGCGAAGGCUGGUUAUUUUAAAGCCAUAGUGUCAUAGGAAUGGGUCCACAUUUUCAUACAGAUGUGUCGGAUAUAAGAGGGGUCUGGCCUUUGCGUUAGGUUCCGACGGUUAAAAUGAUUACCUGGGUUCAUAUAGAUUACAUGUGUUCACAACCGAGAUUGAUUCGCUGCAGUAUAAGCGCAGGACUAUUUUGCCUUUUACACAUUGGAAUAACUGGAAAUCUUUUUCUUAAUUGUAACCUUUAAGGUUGUGUUUGGGUUCAACCAACAUGCGACGAUGGCUGAUAUUGAGUCGGACAUCGCUGGUUCGUCGUUGAUCGGUGGUCCAUGCAAUACGGGUGCUGCUCUUUCCCAAAGUCUUUCAGCCCUGUUUACAGAUAACAGCAAAGGCCGGCGGCGUGUUCUCGUUGUGCUGAUGGCAGGCCAAUCGUCCGAUGAUGUUUCAAAUCCUUCAUGGUCAUUGAAAUUAGCUGGUGUUCGAUUAAUUGCAAUUGGAAUCGGACCGUCCAUCGAUCAGUCUCAACUUAAACAGAUGGUAUUCGAUUCUUCUUAUUUUCUAACCAUCGCCUCAUUUGGCGAACUAUUGGAGCUCUCUGGAGGGACCACUGCCCUUAUAUCACAAGGUACAUAAAUAUAUAAAGAUAUUUUCUUUGAAAGCCUGUGAAGAAACUUUAUUCAUACAGAAAUCAUCCUACACAAUCGUAAAGCAUAUUUCCAGCGUAUUUAACGCUUGAACUGCAAUUUGAAUGGAAGGUUUACCUCUGAUUAAAAGCAAAACAUGGUCGUUAUUUUGAAGUUUCCGGAAUGUGAAACUGUUUUAUCAGUCCUCGUAACCACACCCAGUUAAAAUAGGGAAAUCAAGAACAUUCUAUUCCCAUAAGAAGAGAAAAGAUAAAUUUCUAAGCGCUGAGUUGAAUCAAAUGUUGCGGAAAAGAAAAAAAUAACCUAUUAAUUCCUUGAUGUAAAAAGAUAUAUAAUUAUUCUACGAGCUCUUAACAUUUUUGAUUUGUUUAAAUUGUGACUUGAUUUAUGUACUUUUAUUUUUUGAAUUAAUUAAAGACAUUCGGGACAAAGAUAUCCCAUUCAGUUUGGCCUCCUUUAGUUUGACUGUUAACUCCAAGUGCGAUAAAUCAUUCAAUCGAAGAUUCAAGCCUGAAAUGUACGUUUAGUUCUAGUUAUUACUGUGGUUGUUUUCUGCCUGUUAUAGUUGGUGACGUGAGUAUUAGUGGAGGCAAAGUUCCAAUGGGCAGCUUAACAGCCGGAGGAGGUUUGUAAAAGUUUCGUCUUGCUUGCGUCGCAGAUUUUUAGGUUGUGUCCUUAAUCAUUCCCUUGCAGCAUUCAAAUCCUUCUCGGUCUAACACGAAAUUAGUACUUAGCUAGUGGACCAAAGUGUAUAGGUGACUGUUGGUGACACGAAUAAGAUAAGAUCGUGACAUCAUCCACUGCAUAAUUACCCAGGCUGAAUUUGCUAUGACAACAAACAAUACUGGAAGUAUGUGAGUCAAGCUGAAGUGAUUGGCAAACAGAUCUUUUGUUUUUCUUCAGGUGGCUUUGACUUGGCCAUAAUGGUUGAUACAUCGUCUAGUGUUGGGGGACAAGCAAAUUUUCAACUUACUUUGGAAUUUGUCAAGAGUGUGUAUCAUUCAUUUAUGACAGGCUAUAAAGUGCGAUACGCAUUAGUUGUCUUUGGAAACGGCGACGUAAAGGUAACUGGUUCUUUCAGUAUACGUAUAUUAUUAUGUCAAAAGAAGAAGUCUUGAAAUAGUUUUUUGGCUGAUUGGUUCCUCCACUUUUCCCUCAAAGGUUAUUUUUGGAUUCAAAACCUUUACUUCCAUCACUGAAGUUGACUCGGCUGUCUCCGGCGCCUCGCCGAUAGGUGGCAGUUGCACCGCUGGUGCGGCUCUUUCCAAAUGUUACCAGGAAUUGUUUUUCGCCAAAAGCACCAGCGGUAGAUCACGUGUUUUGGUCGUACUGAUGGCAGGCAAAUCAACUGACGACGUAUCUGCUGCUGCCGCUUCUUUAAGAACGUGCCGAGUCAAGAUAACUGUUGUUGGAAUGGGUGAAUUGGUUGAUCACGCUCAACUUUCACAUAUAGCCUACCCUUCGUCUUCUGUUCUAAGGAUGCCAUCGAUUAACGGUUAUUUUGACAUCAGUGGAAGUUUGUCAGCUCUUAUAUCUCAAGGUAACUUGUUACUCGGUGACUUUGCUUUCCGUGACCUUUCAUUAUGAUGUCGUUAAUUCUGCUAUACACUGUGCUUUGUUCCUCUAAAGGCGGAGUCGAUCUGGCGUUUAUGGUGGAUGCAUCAUCAAACAUCAAGGACACGUUUACCUUUGAGUUGAUGAUGCGAUUCGUCAGAAGGGUGUUUCACUCUUUUACGUUGAAUCGUGGCGUACGAUAUGGCUUACUGGUCUACGGAAACAGCGUUAAGGUACUUGUAAACUCCACUUAAAAACACAUACUAAUCCAUUAUCUAUGACUCGGUUGCUUGGAGUUGUGGUAUUGGCAUGCUCGUGUAUCUUAUGAUUCUGUUGUCACUAUUCAUAUUAUAAUGAUUAAUGCGAAGGCUGGUUAUUUUAAAGCCAUAGUGUCAUAGGAAUGGGUCCACAUUUUCAUACAGAUGUGUCGGAUAUAAGAGGGGUCUGGCCUUUGCGUUAGGUUCCGACGGUUGAAAUGAUUACCUGGGUUCAUAUAGAUUACAUGUGUUCACAACCGAGAUUGAUUCGCUGCAGUAUAAGCGCAGGACUAUUUUGCCUUUUUACAUUGGUAUAACUGGAAAUCUUUCUAAAUUGUAACCUUUUUAAGGUUGUGUUUGGGUUCAACCAACAUGCGACGAUGGCUGAUAUUGAGUCGGACAUCGCUGGUUCGUCGUUGAUCGGUGGUCCAUGCAAUACGGGUGCUGCUCUUUCCCAAAGUCUUUCAGCCCUGUUUACAGAUGACAGCAAAGGCCGGCGGCGUGUUCUCGUUGUGCUGAUGGCAGGCCAAUCGUCCGAUGAUGUUUCAAAUCCUUCAUGGUCAUUGAAAUUAGCUGGUGUUCGAUUAAUUGCAAUUGGAAUCGGACCAUCCAUUGAUCAGUCUCAACUUAAACAGAUGGUAUUCGAUUCUUCUUAUUUUCUAACCAUCGCCUCAUUUGGCGAACUAUUGGAGCUCACUGGAGGGACCACUGCCCUUAUAUCACAAGGUACAUAUAUAUAUAUAUAGAUAUUUUCUUUCAAAGCCUGUGAAGAAACUUUAUUCAUACAGAAAUCAUCCUACACAAUCGUAAAGCGUAUUUCCAGCGUAUUUAACGCUUGAACUGCAAUUUGAAGGGAAGGUUUACCUCUGAUUAAAAGCAAAACAUGGUCGUUAUUUUGAAGUUUCCGGAAUGUGAAACUGUUUUAUCAGUCCUCGUAACCACACCCAGUUAAAAUAGGGAAAUCAAGAACAUUCUAUUCCCAUAAGAAGAAAAAAGAUACAUAUCUAAGCGCUGAGUUGAAUCAAAUGUUGCGGAAAAGAAAAAAAUAACCUAUUAAUUCCUCGAUGUAAAAAGAUAUAUAACAAUUUUGAUUUGUUUAACCUUUGACUUGAUUUAUGUACUUUUAUUUUUUGAAUUAAUUAAAGACAUUCGGGACAAAGAUAUCCCAUUCAGUUUGGCCACCUUUAGUUUGACUGUUAACUCCAAGUGCGAUAAAUCAUUCAAUCGAAGAUUCAAGCCUGAAAUGUACGCUUAGUUCUAGUUAUUACUGUGGUUGUUUUCUGCCUGUUAUAGUUGGUGACGUGAGUAUUAGUGGAGGCAAAGUUCCAAUGGGCAGCUUAACAGCCGGAGGAGGUUUGUAAAAGUUUCGUCUUGCUUGCGUCGCAGAUUUUUAGGUUGGGUCCUUAAUCAUUCCCUUGCAGCAUUCAAAUCCUUCUCGGUCUAAGACGAAAUUAGUACUUAGCUAGUGGACCAAAGUGUAUAGGUGACUGUUGGUGACACGAAUAAGAUAAGAUCGUGACAUCAUCCACUGCAUAAUUACCCAGGCUGAAUUUGCAAUACUGGAAGUAUGUGAGUCAAGUUGAAGUGAUUGACAAACAGAUCUUUUGUUUCUCUUCAGGUGGCUUUGACUUGGCCAUAAUGGUUGAUACAUCGUCUAGUGUUGGGGGACAAGCAAAUUUUCAACUUACUUUGGAAUUUGUCAAGAGUGUGUAUCAUUCAUUUAUCAUAGGCUAUAAAGUGCGAUACGCAUUAGUUGUCUUUGGAAACGGCGACGUAAAGGUAACUGGUUCUUUCAGUAUACGUAUAUUAUUAUGUCAAAAGAAGAAGUCUUGAAAUAGUUUUUUGGCUGAUUGGGUCCUCCACUUUUCCCUCAAAGGUUAUUUUUGGAUUCAAAACCUUUACUUCCAUCACUGAAGUUGACUCGGCUGUCUCCGGCGCCUCGCCGAUAGGUGGCAGUUGCACCGCUGGUGCGGCUCUUUCCAAAUGUUACCAGGAAUUGUUUUUCGCCAAAAGCACCAGCGGUAGAUCACGUGUUCUGGUUGUACUGAUGGCAGGCAAAUCAACUGAUGACGUAUCUGCUGCUGCCGCUUCUUUAAGAACGUGCCGAGUCAAGAUAACCGUUGUUGGAAUGGGUGAAUUGGUUGAUCACGCUCAACUUUCACAUAUAGCCUACCCUUCGUCUUCUGUUCUAAGGAUGCCAUCGAUUAACGGUUAUUUUGACAUCAGUGGAAGUUUGUCAGCUCUUAUAUCUCAAGGUAACUUGUUACGCGGUGACUUUGCUUUCCGUGACCUUUCAUUAUGAUGUCGUUAAUUCUGCUGUACACUGUGCUUUGUUCCUCUAAAGGUGGAGUCGAUCUGGCGUUUAUGGUGGAUGCAUCAUCAAACAUCAAGGACACGUUUACCUUUGAGUUGAUGAUGCGAUUCGUCAGAAGGGUGUUUCACUCUUUUACGUUGAAUCGUGGCGUACGAUAUGGCUUACUGGUCUACGGAAACAGCGUUAAGGUACUUGUAAACUCCACUUAAAAACAAAUACUAAUCCAUUAUCUAUGACUCGGUUGCUUGGAGUUGUGGUAUUGGCAUGCUCGUGUGUCUUAUGAUUCUGUUGUCACUAUUCAUAUUAUAAUGAUUAAUGCGAAGGCUGGUUAUUUUAAAGCCAUAGUGUCAUAGGAAUGGGUCCACAUUUUCAUACAGAUGUGUCGGAUAUAAGAGGGGUCUGGCCUUUGCGUUAGGUUCCGACGGUUGAAAUGAUUACCUGGGUUCAUAUAGAUUACAUGUGUUCACAACCGAGAUUGAUUCGCUGCAGUAUAAGCGCAGGACUAUUUUGCCUUUUUACACAUUGGAAUAACUGGAAAUCUUUCUUAAUUGUAACCUUUAAGGUUGUGUUUGGGUUCAACCAACAUGCGACGAUGGCUGAUAUUGAGUCGGACAUCGCUGGUUCGUCGUUGAUCGGUGGUCCAUGCAAUACGGGUGCUGCUCUUUCCCAAAGUCUUUCAGCCCUGUUUACAGAUGACAGCAAAGGCCGGCGGCGUGUUCUCGUUGUGCUGAUGGCAGGCCAAUCGUCCGAUGAUGUUUCAAAUCCUGCAUGGUCAUUGAAAUUAGCUGGUGUUCGAUUAAUUGCAAUUGGAAUCGGACCGUCCAUUGAUCAGUCUCAACUUAAACAGAUGGUAUUCGAUUCUUCUUAUUUUCUAACCAUCGCCUCAUUUGGCGAACUAUUGGAGCUCACUGGAGGGACCACUGCCCUUAUAUCACAAGGUACAUAUAUAUAUAUAUAUAGAUAUUUUCUUUCAAAGCCUGUGAAGAAACUUUAUUCAUACAGAAAUCAUCCUACACAAUCGUAAAGCGUAUUUCCAGCGUAUUUAACGCUUGAACUGCAAUUUGAAGGGAAGGUUUACCUCUGAUUAAAAGCAAAACAUGGUCAUUAUUUUGAAGUUUCCGGAAUGUGAAACUGUUUUAUCAGUCCUCGUCAACACACCCAGUUAAAAUAGGGAAAUCAAGAACAUUCUAUACCCAUAAGAAGAAAAAAGAUACAUAUCUAAGCGCUGAGUUGAAUCAAAUGUUGCAGAAAAGAAAAAAAUAACCUAUUAAUUCCUUGAUGUAAAAAGAUAUAUAAUUAUUCUACGAGCUCUUAACAUUUUUGAUUUGUUUAAUUUGUGACUUGAUUUAUGUACUUUUAUUUUUUGAAUUAAUUAAAGACAUUCGGGACAAAGAUAUCCCAUUCAGUUUGGCCACCUUUAGUUUGACUGUUAACUCCAAGUGCGAUAAAUCAUUCAAUCGAAGAUUCAAGCCUGAAAUGUACGUUUAGUUCUAGUUAUUACUGUGGUUGUUUUCUGCCUGUUAUAGUUGGUGACGUGAGUAUUAGUGGAGGCAAAGUUCCAAUGGGCAGCUUAACAGCCGGAGGAGGUUUGUAAAAGUUUCGUCUUGCUUGCGUCGCAGAUUUUUAGGUUGGGUCCUUAAUCAUUCCCUUGCAGCAUUCAAAUCCUUCUCGGUCUAAGACGAAAUUAGUACUUAGCUAGUGGACCAAAGUGUAUAGGUGACUGUUGGUGACACGAAUAAGAUAAGAUCGUGACAUCAUCCACUGCAUAAUUACCCAGGCUGAAUUUGCAAUACUGGAAGUAUGUGAGUCAAGUUGAAGUGAUUGACAAACAGAUCUUUUGUUUCUCUUCAGGUGGCUUUGACUUGGCCAUAAUGGUUGAUACAUCGUCUAGUGUUGGGGGACAAGCAAAUUUUCAACUUACUUUGGAAUUUGUCAAGAGUGUGUAUCAUUCAUUUAUGACAGGCUAUAAAGUGCGAUACGCAUUAGUUGUCUUUGGAAACGGCGACGUUAAGGUAACUGGUUCUUUCAGUAUACGUAUAUUAUUAUGUCAAAAGAAGAAGUCUUGAAAUAGUUUUUUGGCUGAUUGGUUCCUCCACUUUUCCCUCAAAGGUUAUUUUUGGAUUCAAAACCUUUACUUCCAUCACUGAAGUUGACUCGGCUGUCUCCGGCGCCUCGCCGAUAGGUGGCAGUUGCACCGCUGGUGCGGCUCUUUCCAAAUGUUACCAGGAAUUGUUUUGCACCAAAAGCACCAGCGGUAGAUCACGUGUUCUGGUUGUACUGAUGGCAGGCAAAUCAACUGAUGACGUAUCUUUUGCUGCCGCUUCUUUAAGAACGUGCCGAGUCAAGAUAACUGUUGUUGGAAUGGGUGAAUUGGUUGAUCACGCUCAACUUUCACAUAUAGCCUACCCUUCGUCUUCUGUUCUAAGGAUGCCAUCGAUUAACGGUUAUUUUGACAUCAGUGGAAGUUUGUCAGCUCUUAUAUCUCAAGGUAACUUGUUACUCGGUGACUUUGCUUUCCGUGACCUUUCAUUAUGAUGUCGUUAAUUCUGCUGUACACUGUGCUUUGUUCCUCUAAAGGCGGAGUCGAUCUGGCGUUUAUGGUGGAUGCAUCAUCGAACAUCAAGGACACGUUUACCUUUGAGUUGAUGAUGCGAUUCGUCAGAAGGGUGUUUCACUCUUUUACGUUGAAUCGUGGCGUACGAUAUGGCUUACUGGUCUACGGAAACAGCGUUAAGGUACUUGUAAACUCCACUUAAAAACACAUACUAAUCCAUUAUCUAUGACUCGGUUGCUUGGAGUUGUGGUAUUGGCAUGCUCGUGUGUCUUAUGAUUCUGUUGUCACUAUUGAUAUUAUAAUGAUUAAUGCGAAGGCUGGUUAUUUUAAAGCCAUAGUGUCAUAGGAAUGGGUCCACAUUUUCAUACAGAUGUCUCGGAUAUAAGAGGGGUCUGGCCUUUGCGUUAGGUUCCGACGGUUGAAAUGAUUACCUGGGUUCAUAUAGAUUACAUGUGUUCACAACCGAGAUUGAUUCGCUGCAGUAUAAGCGCAGGACUAUUUUGCCUUUUUACACAUUGGAAUAACUGGAAAUCUUUCUUAAUUGUAACCUUUAAGGUUGUGUUUGGGUUCAACCAACAUGCGACGAUGGCUGAUAUUGAGUCGGACAUCGCUGGUUCGUCGUUGAUCGGUGGUCCAUGCAAUACGGGUGCUGCUCUUUCCCAACGUCUUUCAGCCCUGUUUACAGAUGACAGCAGAGGCCGGCGGCGUGUUCUCGUUGUGCUGAUGGCAGGCCAAUCGUCCGAUGAUGUUUCAAAUCCUGUAUGGUCAUUGAAAUUAGCUGGUGUUCGAUUAAUUGCAAUUGGAAUCGGACCGUCCAUUGAUCAGUCUCAACUUAAACAGAUGGUAUUCGAUUCUUCUUAUUUUCUAACCAUUGCCUCAUUUGGCGAACUAUUGGAGCUUUCUGGAGGGACCACUGCUCUGAUAUCACAAGGUAUAGAAAUGUAUAUACAUUUUUUUUUCUUUCAAAGGCAACGAGGAAGUCUUAGUUAUUGAGAAAGCAUCCUACACAAUCAUUCAUCAUUAGUAUUUCACUUUUGGUCUGGGAUUUAUAUUUAAAGUUAAGGUUAAAAAAACCACGCACGAUUAAUUCAAUCUAACUUCUGAAAUGUAAACUAUCUUGACAAAUUUCGUUAAUACACCCAAUCCAAACAGAGGGAGAAAAGAUUUACCAAUACUGCGAGGUGUUCCAAACCGCUUAAAUAAAUGGAGUUGUGUGUUAUUUGUAGCUUUUGUUUCGCUGGCCUUAGAUUUACUGUUAACGUCGAGUACGAUGAAAAAUUUAAUCCGAAAUUUUAGCUUAGAAUCUAUGUUGAAUAGUUUUCGUUAUUUCUGUCGUUGUUUCCUAACACAUUCCCCUUCUUUCUUUUAUAGUUGGGGACAUAAGUAUUAG